AUGAAGAGAGAACGUAGCGCCCAUAGCUGUGCGGGCGGCCGCAAGAAAACAAAGGGCGCCGAUGACCAAUCCACCAAGGCCACCACUGUUUAUGCUACUCAUCCAGUCCUACAACGCCUCUAUCCCGAAGUCCUUACUCUGCGCCAGUAUCUGCUCUCUCGACUCCCAGGCUCGUCGAAGAAUAGGUACCGAAAGCUUUCGCAACUUGGACAUGCCAUACCCGGUGGAGACAAAAACACCGCGGACGACCUUGACAAUGCCGUUGUGCAGUUGCUCGACUCAGCACUAGUAUGCACUCCAGGCGUUCAACUAGAAAAGGACAAAACAACGUGUUCCACCGAAGAGCGUGAGAAGGAUAUCGAAGCAUUCACCCAACAACGAUCGCAAAGCACUCCGGGCGGCACAUUCAAGCCGGGAUACUACAGGCAAUCCGAGAUUGUUGACUUUGUGAUAUGGCGCUUAUUCAAGCGUUCAACAUCUCACAAACCAGCACACUUACUCUGCCAUGGCUUUCAAAGAUCUGCUGGCAGCAAUCGCCGUGUGCACGGGAACAGCGAGGAUCCGAGUUCAUCUAUUCCUGGUCUGCAAGAACGCCUACCUAAUAGCUACGCGAGGACGUUGAAAGAGCCAGUAUGGUGCCGAUUGCACGCAUUGCUCGGCCAGGGCGGCGACCGCAUUAUAAUGGACAUGCUUCUGGAGUGCUCCAUAUUCAUCUUGGUCAGUGCUGAUAUGGGCAACUACUAUCAGCUCUCUGGGGUUCCUGUGCAUGAGGUGAAAUCGGAUGAGCAUCAGAAGAGCAACAUCGCAAGAGUCAACGCGGAUAAGGAAGCGCCCAUCAAACCUUCACAGCUUAAGAUUGAAAGCAAAAAGCCUGGUGCUAUUACAUUUGUGCGUAGUCGCAUGCUGUAUGCGAAAGCAGCGCUCAAUGCGAAAGGUGGUGUGAGAUUUGGCAUGCGCCAUAUUCAUGUUCUCAAUCGAUGCACUGAUCGAAAAGACAAGCAAGAGACAGUGCAUGUCAUGCGGUAUAUCUUCCCGCGUCAGUUCGGGUUGCACAACGUCUUCACUUCCAAGGUGGAUCAUCGUGAGACAGCCAUGCCGUUCAAAGACUACACGCUGCGCGAGAAGGAUAUACAUACCGCCAUGUGCCGGGAGCUAGGCCCCAAAGCGACGGACGCCCAGGAGAUAGCUAAGUGGAAGCAGCGAAUUCCCAAGAGACUCCGGGGUGACGCUGUUAAACUGGUGGACAAACUUCGGGUCCGCAACCAGCGGUGCUCGUAUAUGGAGAUGCUGCGCCACUACUGUCCAAUCGAGGGGGUACCCGUGUCAACGAAGCCCGAUUGGAGAAAGAGCGCACUUCAGCCGAAGGCAGAUGUACGAUCAGUCGCAGAUCCAGUCAAUCGUCGCACAAAAACGCGGCCUACUCCUGGAAAUCCCACUGUUCAAGAAACCUGUUUCACAGAUCUGGCGUGUCCAGCAGCACACGUAUCGGCCUUUUGUCGCGCAGUCAUAUCCAAAGUUAUACCGGAAAGAUUCUGGGGUAACGAGCAUAACCAUCGCACCCUUAUGUAUUGGGUGGACCAAUUCGUGGACAUGCGCAGAUUCGAAUCGCUUAAUCUACAUCAGGUUACACAGAACAUACAGAUCACGAACAUAGCCUGGUUGCGCCCACCCAGCCAAGACGACGACACAAAGAUGUCCAAGUCGGAUAUAGAUAAGCGUACGGAGAUAUUUCUCGAGUUCGUCUACUGGCUCUUCGACUCUUUCCUCGUUCCUCUGGUUCGCACAAACUUCCAUGUAACAGAGUCCAACGCGCAUCGGAACAGACUAUUCUAUUUCCGCCAUGAUAUUUGGCGGAUGUUAACAGAGCCCGCUUUGAAGGAACUACGGAUGAACAUGUUCGAGGAGAUGCCUACUGAAAGCACGGAAAGACUGCUGUCCGCACGUCAGCUCGGCUUCAGUAACAUCCGUCUUCUUCCGAAGAAACAGGGCUUCCGAACUAUCAUGAAUCUCAAGAGAAGACAGCAGGUGAUGCGAUAUGGGACUAUGACUCUCGGACGAAGUAUCAAUUCAGUGAUGACUCCAGCCUUCAACGCAAUUACCUACGAGAAGUCGUUGCGUCCCGAUAAAUUCGGCUGCUCACUUUUCUCCGUCGGGGAUAUGCUUCCCAAGCUUGCAUCUUUCAAAGCAUCGUUGCGACAGCGUGGGCUCGGCGACAUUCGGCUUUAUUUCGCUAAGGUUGAUGUUCAGGCUUGCUUCGACACUAUACCACAGUCACGCUUGCUGCGUAUGAUCGACAGUCUCAUGUCGAUCCAGGCUUACAACACCGGCAAACAUGUGGAGAUUUCACCCCUGGGUCCGCUACAGCGUCUCGGCGGUAAACAUGUGGACCCAAUGCCUCUCAAGAAGUACAUACCGCAUACUGAGGCAGCGACGGGUGUAACGCCUUUUCACCAACUCGUGCAAGAUAGAUUGGCAGGCACAAAGGCCAACACCGUCUUUGUUAAUACCAACUUGCAACGGCGCGAGACCAAGGAUGACUUGAUGCAGCUCUUACAGGAGCAUAUCGAGAGAAAUGUCGUUAAAAUCGGGAAGCGCUUCUAUCGCCAGAAGACUGGUAUACCACAGGGCUCAGUUUUAUCGAGCAUCUUGUGCAACUUCUUCUACGCUCAACUGGAACGCGAUGUGCUUGGAUUCGUACUUGAUGAAGAUUCAUUGCUUCUUCGUCUGCUUGACGAUUUCCUCUUGAUCAGUAUCAACGAAGAGUAUGCUCAGCGCUUCGUACGCGUUAUGCACAAAGGUCACCCGGAAUACGGUGUGGUGAUAAAGCCCUCAAAGUCGAUGGCAAACUUCGAUGUCACGACAGAAGAAGGAGACCGGAUAGCGACAAGCGGCUCAGAUGGUAAAUUCCCGUAUUGCGGCGUCUGUAUCGAUACGACGACGCUGGAAGUCAGCAAGAAAACGGAACGCCUUACAAAGGCCGGUGUUGAGGACUCUUUGACUGUAGAUCUGACCAAAAUGCCCGGCCAAACGUUCCAUCGCAAAGCUCUGAAGUAA